AUGCCUGACACUUCUGAGAUCACUUCAGCCUCUUCUGGCCUCGACGGCACGUCACAGAGUGAUUUUGUUCCAUUUUCAGCCAACCCUAUUAAAUUAAAUGGGGCCAAUUACCUGCUAUGGUCUCGUUCUUGUUUGUUUGCUAUCGGUUCCAGUGGUCUCUCUGGCUACAUCACCGGAACCUCUGUCAGGCCUACUGAAACUGGAGCUGCGCAAGAUAGGUGGGUGAAUUUUAAUUUUUUGGUUAUGUCGUAUCUGGUCAACUCCAUGGACCAAGAGAUUGCCGAACGCUACCUUUUACUUGAUCCGGCUGGCAAGAUCUGGAGGACAGCCCAUGACACCUACUCUCAAGUGGGCAAUGCUGCCCAGUGUUAUGAACUUCGUCAGAAACUCCACUCUGCCAAGCAAUUAGAGCUGACCCUCUCUCAGUAUUACAAUAAAAUGUGCAUGAUGCGGCAGCAGCUUGAUUUUUUGGGGACCUUCACUGCCACUUGUGAUAUCCGGGCCAAUAUUCUGAAUCGUGAUCCCCUACCAACUCUUGAGCAGGCCUAUGCGAUUCUUGCAGCCGAAGAUACUCGCCAGACAGCCAUGAUUACUCCUGUCACUCAGGAACGAUCGGCCCUACUUUCUAGUUCUCAGCCUACUUCUCGUGGUAAUUCUUCCCGUAGUUCUGGUGUUACUAGUGAUUGCCCUCCUAUUAAAUGUGAUCACCAUGGGAAGGAAUGGCAUACCAAGGAUCAUUGCUGGAAGCUUCAUGGUGGCCCUGUAGAUACCAGUGGGUGUGGGAGGGGUGGCUCUAAUCGAUCCAAUAAUGCCCGGGCAAACCAGGCAACUACUGAUUUGUCUCUUUCCCAAGUGGUUAAAGAACUUCAGCAUCUCCGGACUAUGAUGACUUGGCUGGACACCUCUUCUUCCUGGCCUCCUUCUUUGGCUACUUCUGCUGUUUCCUUGCCAUCAGAUUCCUCUACACCUCACUCUUCAGAUUCUUCCACCCUUUUCUUCAAUUAUUCUCCUUUAUCUGAUCAUAAUAAAGUUAGGGUUGCUGAUGGAUCUCUCUCGCCAAUUUCUGGCAAGGGGUCUGUUCAAUCCACUCCAUCUCUUUGUCUUUCCUCUGUGUUGCAUGACUUGGAAACGGGUCGUACGAUUGCAUGUGGUAAGGUGGUUGGUGGUUUAUGUGUGCUUGACAGUUCGCCGACAGCUUUGACUUCUCAUCCGUCCUCUUCUGCUUCUACAUCUGCUCGCGCCACAUGGGUAUAUUUGAUGCAUAGCAAGAGCGAUGUUUUUACUCGUUUCCGUCUGUUUCAUAAGAUGGUUCAAACACAAUUUGAUGCCAAGGUGAAGAUUUUACGGUCUGACAACGGCAAGGAAUACAUGGAUGGCGCUUUUCGCACUUACUUGGAUACUUAUGGUAUUAUCCAUCAGACAUCUUGUGUUGAUACUCCGGCUCAGAAUGGUGUAGCUGAGCGUAAGAACAUACACUUGUUGGAGGUUGUUCGCUCACUUAUGUUUGCCAUGCAUGUUCCCAUACGUUUCUAG